CCACACAUUACCCGCCAUUUCCUUUCACUACCACUAAUCACCAGUGCUCUCACUCCCUCUCGAUGACGGUGACGGACCUCUUCGCCGGCGAGAUCGCCACCGAGCUACUCAAAGUCCUCUUCUCAAUCUCCCGACGAGCCUGCCUCUGCAAAUCAACCGCCGAUGCCCUAAUCACCAGCACCAACCAGCUCCUGCCCAUAAUCCAGGAAAUCAAAUACUCCGGCGUCGAGCUCCCCGCCGCCCGCCAAUUCCAGCUCGACGGCCUCUCCGAGACGCUCCGCGGCGGCCUCGAGCUCUCCCGGAAGGCCCUCGCGUGCAGCCGGUGGAACGUCUACAAGAUGCUCCAGCUCGCCCGGCGGAUGGAGAGGCUCGAGAAGCGGAUCUCGGCCUUCCUCCACGGCCCGCUCCAGGCCCACGUCCUCGCCGACGUCCACCACCUCCGGUUCGAUUCCGUCGAGAGGUUCGACCGGCUCGAUUGCUCCGCCCGCCAGCUAGAGCAGCGGCUCGAAUCGCUGAAGAUUGGGGUUGGGGACGGCGGCGGCGGCGGCGGCGGAGGGUGGAUGGAGGAGGCGGUGAAGAGAGUCGACGCCGAGGAGCAGCGGUGGGAGGGUAAUCUCGUAACUGUAUUGGGGGUUGGUAUGGCGGAAGGGAAGAAGAGGGUCAAAGAGAUGGUGAUUGAGAGAGACGAAUUAGGGAUUGUUGGAAUCUGUGGAAUUGGGGGUUCUGGGAAGACGACUCUGGCUACUGAUUUGUGCAGGGACGAUGAAGUUAGAUGUCACUUCAAGAACCGGAUACUGUUCUUGACGAUUUCGCAGUCUCCUGAUGUGGAGCAGCUGAGGGCUAAGAUUCUGGGGUUUAUUGCUGAAUCUGAUCAUGGUAGUGGUAGCUUUGGCUGCUAUGAUGGGUUCAUCAAAGAAGCUCCUGGAGGUCGAGUUCUGAUUGUUCUUGAUGAUGUAUGGUCACUCUCGGUUCUUGAGCAGCUGAUCUUCAGGAUUGAUGGCUGUAAAACGCUUGUCGUUUCGCGGUUCAAGUUUUCUACCGUGCUUGGUGCUAGUUAUGAAGUGGAGCUUUUGAAGGGAGAUGAAGCUGUUUCAUUGUUCUGCCAAUCUGCUUUUGAGCGGAGUUUCAUCCCUCCUGGUUCUGAUGCAAAUUUAGUCAAUCAGAUUGUGAAUAAAUGUAAAGGCCUCCCCCUGGCGCUCAAAGUGAUUGGUUCUGCAUUGAGAGGGCAACCCGAGAUGUACUGGGCGAGCGCAAAGAAGAGGCUAUCUAGAGGCGAGCCAAUCUGCGAGUCACACGAGAACAAGUUACUAGAUAGAAUGGCAAUCAGUGUUCAGUUCUUGCCCAAGAAGGUUAGAGAGUGUUUCCUGGAUUUGGGAUCUUUUCCAGAGGACAAGAAGAUCCCAUUGGAUGUCCUCAUCAACAUGUGGGUCGAGAUCCACGACGUUGAUGAGGAAGAAGCUUUUGCUAUCCUUGUUGAGCUCGCAGACAAGAACCUGCUGACUCUUGUCAAGGAUGCAAGGUUGGGAUUUUUUCCUCUUUCUUCAUCGUCAAGUUACAUCCUUUCUAAAAUUGCCUCACAUUCGAAGUUUAAUAAAAAGGUUGUGAAUGUGGUUAAUGUUUGGGGAAUUAGGGCUGGAGAUCUUUAUAGCAGUUACCAUGACAUCUCUGUGAGUCAACACGAUGUGUUGCGUGAUCUCGCCAUCCAUAUGACGAAUCGUGGCGAGAUAAAUGAAAGAAAGCAGAUGAUCAUGCCGAGAAGGGAGAUGGAGCUUCCAAGAGAAUGGGAGAGAAAUGCUGACAAUCCAUUCUGCGCUCAGAUCAUUUCAAUUCAUACCGGCGAAAUGAACGAAAUGGACUGGUUCGCCAUGAACCUCCCCAAGGCUGAAGUUCUCAUCAUCAACUUCUCUGCCACAACAUACUUCCUGCCUCCAUUCAUCCACAACAUGUCGAGGCUACGAGCGCUGAUCGUCAUCAACCACGGUUCCCAAAAUGCCACCCUCCGAAACCUCUCCGUCCUCUCCACCUGCUCCAACCUUCGGAGCCUCUGGCUCGAGAAGGUCACCAUCACCACAUUAGCAUCAUCAAAUCCUGAAACCACCCCUCUGACCAACCUCAGAAAGAUAUCUCUAGUCCUAUGCAACAUCAACAACACGCUCGAUUCCAUCCUACCCUCUACGUUCCCUUCCUUAUCCGAGCUCGCAAUCGACCACUGCGACGAUCUGAUCCAUCUCCCUUCCAUCACCUCCCAAUUCCACUCCCUCAAGAGCCUCAGCAUCACGAACUGCCACAACUUCCGCCAGCUUCCCACCAAUCUCGGCGACCUGAAGAGAUCUCUGCACAUCUUGAGGCUGUAUGCUUGCCCGAGCCUCAGGAUGCUGCCGCGGUCCACCUGCCAGCUGUCGAGGCUGAAGUACCUGGACGUGUCUCAGUGUGUGAACCUGAGAUCGCUUCCUGAAGGGAUCGGGAAGAUGGCCGGGCUGGAGAAGAUAGACAUGAGGGAAUGCUCGGAGGUGUUUUGUGUUCCUGACUCCGCGGCGUCGAUGGAGUCGUUGAGAUGUGUGAUCUGCGACGAGGAGGUUUCGUGGUCGUGGAAAGGGUUUGAGAAGAUCGGGCUCCAUGUUCAGGUUGCGGAGAAGCACUUCAACUUGGACUGGCUCCAUGAAUAGUGCCACUACCAAAUACCACCAAAUAUGUAAUUAUCUUUUGUAGCCUUGUAGGCCAUUGUACAUAUAUGCAUCAAGUAAAUAAAUCGUUUUUUUUUUGUGUGUCGUUGUUGAAGUUCUAGCAUGGGUAGAUGGUACAUGACGGAAUAUCCAAUAUAUACAUUUGAGACUAUACUGAUCAUAAAAACAGGAUAAAUUCAUAAAAG